AUGCGCGAUACAAAAGGACAGUCAAUGUACUAUGGAGAUUGCGCGGCGCUCUCUUUCCUCCAAAACAUACAAGAACUCAUACAGGGCGAACAAGAACUCGCCGAUGCAGCCAAAGAGCUCUCAUCGCUCUCAGUAGUAGAAGAAGUUCCCUCGACGGAUGGUGAAAGUGUGUUGGCCUAUGAUAAUGCGAAUCUUGGCGACCUGGAAGCUUUGGUUCAGGCAUUCUUCACAUCGACGUGUGGUAUCCUCGAUAUUAUGGACCGAUCUUAUAUAGAGAACCUGCUCAGCUGCUGGAUUAAUGGGAAUAUUUCCGUCACAAGUAGCAGCGCUGCUAUAUUGUAUCUCGUACUUGCUUCCGCUUCUCAAAUACGAAGCAACUCUGCGCAAGAUCACCACCGCUCUCAGUCAUUCUUUUAUCACGGCCGACGAAUUGCACUUCUAGAACUGACAGAGUACCCUAGUAUGGAAACAACACAGGCAUUUAUGUUGAUAAGUUUAUACAUGCUUGGCAGCUGUCGACGAGAUGGAGCGCACUUGAAUCUGGGCAUUGCAAUCAGCGCGGCAAAAGCACUCGGGUAUCAUAGAACUGAAGCUACUUUUACCCAGUGCGAAGAGAACAAGCAAUUGAGCCAAAAUAGGAAGCGGAUAUGGCGCACCUUGUGCUAUCACGAUUUAUUCUUCUGCGCCAUGAUGGGGAGAGCUCCAUUGGCCGCUGCGAUGGAUUCCGCCGAAGAAGAAGACAACCGGCAACCCGACCCAAAACAUCCCGAUAAAUGCCAACAGCUUGGCAUGUACGAAUCAGCACGAGCCUUUUCGAUUUUAAAACAAACCGUCCUCGAGAUAUACACAAAACACUCUGCGCCGCUGGAGCGACUCCAACGACUCUCUCGACAGCUUCGCGAAAUGGGAACAGCGCUCCCUUUUGAACUUCGCAGUAUCAGCCCCGCAGCAUUUCCAGAGCAUAAAUGUCCUAAGACGAGACAGCUCAUCAUACGGAACGCUACUGUUGCCUGCAACUAUUAUUUCAGCAUGAUGCUUUUGACGAGGCCAUUUCUCAUCGCUUGUCUUAGGGCGAAGUACAACAAAACACCAAAAUCGACUCAAAGCCCUGAGUCGAAUGACGACUCUCAAGAAUCUUCAGAGGUUGACAAGAAUGUCAAGCAUGGUGCUAUGACUUCGUUUGAUACAGCUCUAAAGACAAUCCAGCUGCUACAUGAGUUGUAUGUCAAUGGAGUAUUGUUUAACAAUAUGCCACUUGUUGUGGCAUGGACUUUUGUUUCGGCCUUGACCGUUUGUGCCGCCUACUUCGGACGACUAGGCGACGCCCGAGAAUGCGAACUCGUCAUCUACAGAGCGAAUCAGAUACUGCAGCAUUUCAUGCCAUACAGUCCCCAAGCGAAGCAGUACGACCUUAUUUUGAAGAAGCUAUCCCGAGUUGCACUGAGCUGUAUAAGCGGCUCUGGAGACCAGCCCUACGACAACAGCAACUUGUUCUGGUCCGACUUAUUCAGACUGACUCCAGCGCAUCUACAUAAGCUGAAGGAAGAGGAGACUGAUUCAACUUUGGAUAUCAGUGAAUUGUUUGGAUUGGGCAUACCAGAAGGAGAUGCCUGCUCUCUGUCGGAAAGGUUUGGAGCAUCACUGGAAACUGCCCAGACGGACACGAGUAUGAGUGAUAUUUUUCACUUUCCGGAUGGGGCGUAUAAGGACUUCUCUAAUUACAUGUUGAUGACUGACGAUUUUCUUUCUGAGCAGCAAGAUUUCUUCUUGAACAUCUGA